AGGUAAUUGCUCCACAGACAAAUGGGCGUUCGGGGUUUAACAAGUUACGUUAACAGUUUGCCUUGUGGCAAACAUGCCGUUUGGAAAUUUUAUAAACUACAGGACACAAACCUCAUCAUUGACGGCUGUGGUUUAUAUUAUUAUAUUUACGCUUCCAAUGAUUUAAACAUGAAAUAUGGAGGGCAAUAUGAGCAGCUGCAAGACAAAGUAAGGGAGUUUGUUGCAAAGCUUCGAUCCAACAAUGUCCUCCCAUAUGUGGUUAUCGAUGGCAUCAUGGCAAAAGACGAAAAGAAGUUUGAUACGUAUCUCAAAAGAAAGCAAGAUUGUGUAAAGCGAAUGAAAGCUAUGUGGUUAUCCAGAUCGUCUACCAGUGAUAUGGUUAUUCCACGCCUUGCCCAAAUUGCUUUUGUACAAGUUUUGGAAGAACUUGGUGUCAAAUAUGCUGUGGCUGAUUUUGAAGCGGAUUGUGAAAUUGCAUCACUUGCAAAUGAACUGGAUGCUCCUGUGAUGGCAAACGACAGUGAUUUCUACAUUUUCAACGUCAAAGGUGGCUACAUUCCAUUCCAACAAUAUGAUUUCUCUGGCGGAAACAUCACAGUGAAGAAAUUCAAAUUCCGAAGGUUUGCCAAAUACCUUGGCAUUGACCCUGGUAUGCUACCCCUGCUUGCCUCGUUGAUCGGAAAUGAUUAUGUCUCUGACACAGUGUUGCAGCCAUUCAUGGCUUACCUUCAACAUCCAAGAGCUAAGAUUCCAGCCAUUGCAAAUUUCCUAUCUGAAUAUAGGAGCAUGUCAACAUCAACAGUAUUUAAGGUUGUCGUGAAGUCAAUUCCAAGCGGUCUCCAGCAAGAAUUUGAGCAAGCAUUACGUCUUUCUGUUGAAGAAUACCAAACAAAAGAAAGCAAUCUGAUAGGAUAUUUCAGCUCUAAUGACCUCAGUUGCAAUAUUGUUACAUUUAAUGAUCAUUCUUUACCGCAAUGGGCUGUUCAGUUGUUUCGAGCUGAUUCAGUUGCACCGUCAGGUUUCGCAUCUUUGUGCAAUCGAAAGGUUUUCCUCAGACCCCAAUGUGAGGACACAUCAAAGCCCUCAGCACAAGAGUGUGUUCAGGAUCUCAGAUGGUACUAUUAUGCCAUGCUUCAGCAUUUCGAGAAUGCAGCCAUUGGUAGAGAGUUGGAGCAGCCCCAAAGCAAAGCUGGUGCACAAAGCCUGGUAACAGAGAAACACCAACAAAGUCACCCUAACACCGACCUUGUUGAAAUGAUAGAAGAAUUUCAAAUCCAGGACGAUGCAGAGAAUAGCCUCAGCAAUAGUCCUUGCAAACCUCAUCAAGAUAUUUCCUCACCAUUGGAAUGCACUAACAGAGAAACAAACUCUAAGGAAAUAACUGUUGCAGAGUUUGACAGAGAAGGGUCAACACUUGCUACUAGGAAGGUUAACUUAACGCAGAUCAUCUCCCAGAUUAAUAUUCAGAUUGAUGACAUACAAGAGAUGUCCAAUGAUGCCAAGAAAAGCCACUUAUUACAGUUACUUGAUUCUGAUCUACCAUUCAUACACAAUCUUGCAAUCAAACACCAGUUAGUAGCAGCAGCCUUGAGGUACUGGAUAAUACAUUGUGAUGUCAAUCAAAAGCAGCUGGCUGCAAUUUUGGUCCACUAUGUUGGUGAAAAGCCACGGCCAUUAAAACCAAACAAGUCUCUCCAAGAUGUUUUAAUUCGGACAGUUCAUGGUUUCUCACAGUGGCAAAAUGUUGUGUACUGGACUGAAAAAUUAAACUCCUUGUUUUCAGCUCCAUUUCCACAUCUGCAAGCAGCAAAACUGUACAAUGGUAUUGAAGUGUGUUUGGUACAUGAGAGGCUGAACAAUGCAGGUAUCGAGGCAGCUGAGUCCAUCGUGAUCAACCCUAACUUAUAUCGCCUACUUCACAACGUCAUCACGAAAGAUAUACCAGAUGAUUGCCAGUUCAACCAACUACGAAUGGAAAAGAAGCCAGAAGAAGACUAGGGCAAAAAGCUCGGAUGGAGGAGUGAUUGGAAAAAGACUACAAGUAAAGAUUACUUGAAAGGAAACAGAUUUGCUUUUCUGGAGGAAUUAGAUUCUGACGAGCCUUGAAAACAAUUUUUUGUUCCACUUUCUGGUAAUUUGAGCACGUUUUGAGCCAGUUACGAUAAAAGCGAUAUUUUAAAUGAUUUACAUUGUUUUAUUGUUAUAUAUAAUACAUAUAUGUAUCACAUUUUAAAUAACUGAUUAUAAUAUAAAUAUACCGUUGUAAUUAUUACUAUUUUUACAGUUUUAACUGCGCAAUGAUUUAUGAUAUGUCUGUGCUCUGAACUCAACUACAGGCAUAUGAUGAGAUAAAUACAUUGAUAUUUUGUUAUGAACUUUUUGGGGAAUAAAAAGGGACAAAAUGCAGACUGUUUAUUCGUUCACUUCACUGAAAACAUCAGUAAAGGCAGUAUGAGGACAACUCCACUGGGGUUGGUAUUAGUGUGAAACAUCCCAAGGAAAUAUGGGCUGACCGUAGCUAAAACACAAGAAUGGGCAUAAAAAUUUUCGCUCACCACACUUUAAAGUUAUAUCACAGAACUUUUUCGUACGGCGAAAGUUGGCGAGGACUGACAGAACUUUGACAGAUGAGACGCAUCGAGAUGCAGUAAUUUCCACAU